GUACAAAGAUCAAACGGAAACGAUAUUCGCAGCGGUGUCCGGUGAGACGGCGAGGUGUUAGCUAUGAUUUCGCAGUUCUUUGUGCUGUCGCAGAGAGGCGACAACAUCGUCUUCCGUGACUAUCGUGGUGAGAUGCAGCAGAAAGGAAGUGCUGAGAUAUUUUUCCGGAAAGUAAAGUUCUGGAAGGAUGAUGGAGAGGGGGAUGCACCACCUGUAUUUAAUGUGGAUGGAGUCAACUACUUUCAUGUGAAGGUUGCUGGGUUAUUAUUUGUUGCGACAACAAGGGUUAAUGUGUCACCUUCUCUUGUAUUGGAACUUUUACAAAGAAUUGCACGUGUUAUCAAAGAUUACCUGGGGGUUCUCAAUGAAGAAUCAUUGCGAAAGAACUUUGUGCUUGUCUAUGAGUUGCUGGAUGAAGUCAUUGAUUUUGGGUAUGUGCAAACAACAUCAACUGAGAUUUUGAAGUCGUAUGUAUUUAAUGAACCAAUUAUUAUUGAUGCUGCCCGCAUACCAAACCUUGGUCCAGCUGCUAUUUUUAUGCAAGGGACCAAAAUGCCAGGGACUGCUGUUACAAAAUCUGUUGUUGCAAAUGAGCCUGGAGGUAGGAAGAGGGAGGAAAUUUUUGUGGACAUAAUAGAGAAAUUAAGCGUCACAUUCAGCUCAAGUGGGUAUAUACUUACUUCUGAGAUUGAUGGGACAAUCCAAAUGAAGAGUUUUCUUACAGGAAAUCCAGAGAUUCGGCUUGCUCUUAACGAGGACUUAAGUAUAGGAAGAGAGGGAAGGUCAAUAUAUGAUUAUAGAAGUUCAUCUGGAUCAGGGCCAGUUAUUCUAGAUGAUUGUAAUUUUCAUGAAUCGGUACAACUUGAUAAUUUUGAGGUUGACAGAACUCUAACUCUGGUACCACCAGAUGGUGAGUUUUCCGUCAUGAACUACCGUAUAACUCAGGAAUUUAAACCACCUUUUCGUAUUAAUGCAUUGAUUGAAGAAGCAGGUCCCCUAAAAGCUGAAGUGAUCUUGAAAGUCCAUGCUGAAUUCUUAUCAAGCAUUAGUGCAAAUACUGUUCUAGUGCAGAUGCCACUUCCUACAUAUACAACUAGGGUUAGCUUUGAGUUGGAGCCUGGAGCAGUUGGAAACACAACUGAUUUUAAGGAAUCAAACAAGAGACUUGAAUGGGGUUUAGAGAAGAUUGUUGGUGGCUCUGUACAUACUCUACGUGCAAAGUUGACAUUUUCACAAGAGCCACAUGGAAAUAUUACAAAGGAAGCUGGACCAGUGAGCAUGACUUUCACGAUCCCCAUGUACAAUGUUUCCAGACUUCAGGUAAAGUACUUGCUGAUGGCAAGGAAGUCAGAUGGCCACAAAGCAUAUCGUUGGGUGAGAUAUGUCACACAAGCUAAUUCCUAUGUAGCUCGGCUGUGAUCAGAGGAUCUUGGUACACCAGUUUUUUUUGUUCCUAUGUUGUACUCCAUACAUUUUAAGCUAUACUAGUCUGUUACACCAUGAGAAUCAAUAGAAUAAAACUAUGAGAUCUGUGCUUAACUCAAAUAUGCUCGUUGCACUCAAUUGAAUUGACCCA